AUGGCCAAGAAAACAAACCUAAAAAGUCAACUGUCUCCCCAACAUGAUGAUGAUUUUGAAGACACAUUGGCUUUAGUUCAUGACAAUAUAAACCAGCAUGAGCAACUAGUUGAUGAAACUCUUGACAAGAAAGAAGAGGAAAAAAUAGAUGUUGAAGUGGACAAAAAAGUACCUGCUGCCAAACUUAAUCCAUCUUCGGCAAGAGAUGAAAAACUUGAAGCCAUUAGAAUUAAAAAUGACCAUAUGAUCCAGGAUACUUCCUUUAACAUCUCCCUUAGUCGAGAGAAAAUUUUAGUCAUCAAGAAGAAAAAUCCAUUGGAGGCCUUAAGGCGACUUCAAAAGCUUCGUAAAAUAUCUGCUAGUAUCGGUUCUUCCAACACCUCUGUUACUAAUGCGUUUGAAGAUUGUGUCAAUCUCAUGUUUCAACAACUUAGAGAUAAUGUUUUGACAUUGAUCUCCAUAAAGCCAUUGAAGCAGAUGCUAAUAUUGGAUUAG